AUGAAUUGCACCGGUUCGAGAAAAUUUCAAAAAGUUUGCUUUUGUUCGGAUAAAUGGACGACGGAAAAUAGUAGCAGAAGUUUUAAUUGUUCAUCGUCGACCAUAUCGUCACUACCGGAAACGGAUGAUGACGAUGUUGAUAAAAACAAGAUGAAAAAACAAGGGAAAAAAAAUAAAAGUGGGAUUUUCUCAUCAUUUUUCACGUCGAAAAUUUUUUCACCUGGAUUUCGUAAGGAUGUUAAAACCGUUAAUCCGAUGCUUAAAGUCGAAAGGAUUUGGUAA